AAAUGAACCUAUCAAAUAAUUCCAUCUCAAAAAUGCAACAAUCUAACCCUGCAUCCAUCAAUUCCAAUAUAUCCAUUGAAUCCAUCGAAUCCUCUGUCCAAACCCUAAUCAAAAGCUGGUACAGAAGGCAAAAAUGGAAGCUUUUCUUCAACCCGACUGACGAACAAAGCCAGAAUACUAUAAACGAAGCAAAAUGGAGAAGAAGCAUGACGAAAUUUCUUGAAUCAACGCCCGUUCGCGCUAUUUCUGUCUUUCUCCUUCUUCUAGAUCUCAUUUUAACCGUUCUGGAACUUUCCUCGUCUUUACUUUCUUGCUCGCCGCAAAAGAAUACAAUAGAAAAGCAAGUUUGGUACCAUUGGGUAGGAAUUGCUAUACUAAGCCUGCUUUCUGCUAAGGCAAUAGCACUUGCGGUGGCACUAGGCGGUUCUUUCUUCAGGCGGCCUGGUUAUGUCGUCGAUGGUGUGGUUGUUGGGUUGGCGUUGUUGCUAGAAGCGCUGUUGGAGAAGAAGGGAGGAGCUUUGAUCGUUGUAGUGAGUUUGUGGAGAGUGGUGAGGGUUGUGGAGAGUGCAUUUGAGUUGAGUGAUGAGGCUAUUGAGGCACAAAUUGAAGGGAUAGUUUGUCAAUUUGAGAUACUUCGAGAGGAGAAUGCAAGAUUACUGGAGAUAAUUGCUGAUAAAGAUGUUGUAAUUAAUAAGUUACAAGAAAUGAUAGACAAGUUACAAUCUGAAUGUGAUCAGUGUAGAGAAUAGAUAUAUAGCAAUAACUUACAUUAUUGGAGAAUAAUUGAUGAUCAUAUUUGAAUAUUCAUUUUGAUA